CUCCGGGUUCUUGUACCUUAAAAGGGACUUGUUCUGUAGUCGGGGGACCAGGAGGACCUUCAAAAACUAAUGUAACAGCGCCAAUAGGUGUAGAUGAGCUCCAAGGUGUAGUAAGAAGGGAGGCACGACAGCCUAAUUUGCGACGAACAAGCAGCAAGCGCGAACGCGCCGUGAAGUUUCUCUCGAAUCUGAAAUCUGCACUGCAAACAGCUCUGGCAGCGGAAGAAAGUUCCGAGCACUACCUGCAGACAUCCUCCGAGGGUCUCCGGCGCCUCAUCGACUCCGAAGAUAGCGAUCCGGAUGGCGAUUGUCUCGUCUUCAGUUAAGGCUCUCACUCGUUCAAGUUCAGUUUUGACUGGUUCAUCGUUUACUGCAUAAUCUUUGAAGAGUAUGGGGAAGAAAGCAUCGCAGCGAAAUGCUCCCCAAUACUUUUCUUCAAGGACGCCCCAGCUGGGAGAUGAAUGGCGGAGACGUCUAAUUCAGCCGGCGGCAGGCCUCGAGCUUUGUGUCACGGCAACUUGCAAGUGGACGCAUCCACGUUCCCGGUGUCCAUUGCCACGUGGACGUGCUUCCUUACGUGGACUUCGAACAGUAUGCGCAUAACCUCUUCGAU